AUUCUGGGUUUUUUCCCCCUUCCUUUUUUGGGUGAAACGAAGAGCGUUUUAAAUAUUGUUUUUUUGCAGAACCAAGUUUCCAGACUUGCGGCAGAGGCAAGAAGACAAAGGAAAUACGACCCCAGCGGUUGCAGAAGCUCGGCGGGUGAAAGAAGCCGCGAGAAAAGCCGAAGGGGGUGGGUGGAUGCGGGCGGGCGGGCGGGCGGGAGGCGGGGAGGGGGCUGCCGCUGCUGCUGCUGCCGGGGUAGCCUUGCGCGGCAGUUGCAAUUUGUGCGAGCGAAUCUAAUCCGCCUCCCAUGAAUAAUUCAGGGCGGCCGGCCGGGACCUGCCGCGGCUGCUCCGCUCCCAGGAGGCGCCUUGCGCGGGUCUGAGCGCGUGUGCGCCCCGGGGAGGGGAGGAGGGGGCGCCACACCGGCCGCGUGUUCAUCAUCACCGCCGCCCCGGGGGCUGGAGAGCCGCGCCAGGAAGACCGACGGACGGACCCCCCCUCCCCCCGCGUCAGAUCUCCCCCUCCGCCCGCCCCUCCAUUUCACUCAGGCGCUCCCCCCCCCUUCCUCUGUGGGAGGCUCGCCUGCCUUUGGGCUGCAGCAGCGCCGGUGCAAUCGCCAUCUCUGCUUCCCGCUCCCCAGACAUGCGGUGGACGAGCCCGCCGGGGCGGAUCGGUGCCGGAGGAACCUGCUCGGGCCCCUCGCGCGUCCCCGGGAGCUCCUGGGAGGUCCAAAGAGAACAGAACUGAACCCAAAUCACCGCUUCUCCCUCCCCCGCGACCCUCCCCCUCCUCCCUGUCCCUCCCCUUCGGCCAGACCGAAGAAAGUCCUUUUCCUUUCCUCCCUCCCCGCCAUCGAGUUCCUAACAAGGACGGGACUUCCCCGUGGUGCCGCCGCCGCCCCCCUCCCCCCCCCGCGCCAAGGAGGGGUCCACGGAGAGUCGCCGGGAUCGAGGCCACGCUGGCGGCGAAGGAGGCGAGUCUGAUGCACUUUUCUACUCAGGGACCCCCGAGUCUUGCGUCACGCCGUCCCACAGGCGCUGAGCCACGAGGAGGAGGAAGAGGCCGGCUCAGGUACAGGCUCGACCCCGCGGGGGGCUUUUGUGGGGGGUGGCCCAGCCAGAAAGAGGCUUAACAGAAAGAGAGGGAAAUCAGGCCGGGGGUGGGGGCACCGACCGGCAACCGGCCCAACCCGCCCUAGGCGGGCCAGGGAGAAGCUGCUGUAGGUUGCGACCAGCGCCCCCCCCCCCCCACGCCGCGCCUCGUUGAUGCCACCCACCGGGGCUCGGCCAGCGGGUCGCCCGCCGCAGCCCAUGCUGGCCUCUCGCUAGCCGGGAACGCCGCCCCUUCCCCCUCUGCCCCCCCUUCCCAAUGGCUUCGUUCCCCGAGUCAGAUUUCCAGAUCUGCCCGCUGUGCAAGGAAAUGUGCGGCUCGCCGGCCCCCAUCUCGUCCAACUCGUCCUCCUCCUCCUCUUCCUCGCAGACCUCCAACUCGUCGGCGGGGGGCGGCGGCGGCGGCGGCUGUUCGUCGUCGUCUUCGUCGUCGUCCUCCUCCUCGUGCGCCCCGUCGAGGCGCCUGCACGUCUUGCCUUGCCUGCACGCCUUCUGCCGCCAGUGCCUGGAGACGCAGCGCCCCCCCGCCGCCGCCGCCGCCCCCGCGGGGGACUCGCUCAAGCUGCGCUGCCCGGUCUGCGACCAGAAGGUGGUGAUCUCGGAGCCGUCGGGCAUGGACGCGCUGCCCUCCUCCAACUUCCUCCUCAGCAACCUGCUCGACGUGGUCGUCGUGGCCGCCGCCGCCGAGGACCAGAAGAACAACGGCCGGCCCGGCGGCCCGGGGGGAGGAGGCGGCACCGGGGGCGGCACCAACAGCAGCAGCUCCACCGCCAACAACCGGCACCACAACCCGCGCCAGCAGCAGCAGCAGCAAUCGCAGCAGCAGCAGCAACAACACCGCGCCCCGGCCGGCGGCUCUUCGCCCGGCUCGGCGUCGUCGGGGGGCGGCGGCGGCGGCUCGUCCUCCUCGCUGCUGCUCCGGCGGCCGCACAGCCGUCAGGGCGAGCCCCGGUGCAGCUCGUGCGACGAAGGCAACGCCGUCAGCUCCCGGUGCCUCGACUGCCAGGAGCACCUCUGCGACAACUGCGUGCGCGCCCACCAGCGGGUCCGCCUCACCAAGGACCACUUCAUCGAGCGCUUCGGCCCCGGCCCCCCCGCCUCGGCCGCCGCCCAGCUCGCCCUCGGCCAGCCCUACUCCGCCGCGCCCUACAACAUCCUCUCCGUCUUCCCGGACCGAGUGAACUACUGCCAACACCACGACGACGAGGUUCUGCAUUUCUACUGUGACACUUGUUCUGUCCCCAUCUGUCGGGAAUGUACCAUGGGACGACAUGUGGGUCACAGUUUUAUCUACCUCCAAGAUGCCCUGCAGGAUUCCAGAACACUUACCAUCCAGCUACUAGCAGAUGCUCAACAAGGACGCCAGGCAAUUCAGCUGAGUAUUGAACAGGCCCAAGCUGUAGCAGAGCAAGUUGAGAUGAAGGCAAAGAUGGUACAAUCUGAAGUGAAGGCUGUGACCUCUAGACACAAGAAGGCCCUGGAAGAAAGGGAGUGUGAACUGUUGUGGAAGGUGGAAAAAAUCCGCCAAGUGAAAGCCAAGUCUCUCUACCUGCAGGUUGAGAAGUUGCGUCAGAACUUGAACAAGCUAGACAACACCAUUAGUGCAGUUCAGCAGGUUCUAGAGGAAGGCCGGAACAUGGAUAUCCUGUUGGCUCGCGACCGUAUGCUUGCUCAGGUGCAGGAGCUGAAGAACAUCAGGGGCUUCUUGCAGCCUCAAGAGGAUGACAGGGUCAUGUUCACUCCUCCGGAUCAGGCACUGUUUAUGGCCAUCAAAUCUAUGGGGUUUGUCAGUAGCGGGGCCUUCGCUCCUCUGACCAAAGCCACAGGUGAAGGUCUCAAACGUGCACUGCAAGGCAAAGUGGCCUCUUUCACAGUGAUUGGUUAUGACCACGAUGGGGAACCUCGCCUUUCUGGGGGAGACAUGAUCUCAGUUGUGGUGAUGGGGCCUGAUGGAAAUCUUUUUGGAGCAGACAUUGGUGACCAGCAAAAUGGAUCCUAUCUUGUCAACUACAGGCCUCAACUGGAAGGGGAGCACCUGAUAUCUGUCAUGAUGUGCAACCAGCAUAUAGAAAAUAGCCCAUUCAAAGUCUUGGUCAAAUCUGGGCGCAGUUAUGUUGGCAUUGGACUACCAGGGCUUUGCUUUGGUAGUGAGGGAGACAGUGAUGGCAAGCUGUGCCGUCCCUGGGGCGUUAGUGUAGAUAAGGAAGGUUAUAUCAUUGUCGCUGAUCGCAGCAACAACCGCAUUCAGGUCUUUAAGCCCUGUGGUGCUUUCCACCACAAGUUUGGCACCUUGGGCUCAAGGCCCGGUCAGUUUGAUCGACCUGCCGGCGUCGCCUGUGACUCCUCCCGGAGGAUUGUUGUGGCAGACAAAGACAAUCAUCGCAUCCAGAUCUUCACUUUUGAUGGCCAAUUCAUUCUGAAGUUUGGGGAGAAAGGAACCAAGAACGGUCAGUUUAAUUACCCGUGGGAUGUAGCAGUAAACUCAGAGGGAAAAAUCCUGGUGUCUGACACAAGGAAUCAUCGGAUUCAGUUGUUUGGGCCUGACGGAGUUUUUCUGAAUAAAUAUGGUUUCGAAGGGGCGCUCUGGAAGCACUUUGAUUCCCCGAGGGGCGUAACAUUCAAUCACGAAGGCCAUCUGGUCGUGACAGAUUUCAACAAUCAUCGUCUCCUGGUUAUACAUCCUGAUUGUCAAUCAGCACGCUUCCUUGGCUCCGAAGGCACAAGUAAUGGCCAAUUUCUGCGGCCACAAGGUGUUGCAGUCGAUCAGGAAGGCCGUAUCAUUGUGGCAGAUUCCAGGAACCAUCGUGUGCAGAUAUUUGAGCCGAAUGGUAGUUUUUUAUGCAAGUUUGGCACUCAGGGAAGUGGCUUUGGUCAGAUGGACCGUCCUUCAGGUAUUGCAGUCACCCCAGAUGGCAUGGUUGUUGUGGUUGACUUUGGAAACAAUCGAAUUCUCAUCUUCUGAUCUCUGUUUAUCUGUACUAGGAAGAAACUGUCUCAGGGAAAAAUCCUUUUAAGAGAACACAAAAUUACAACACUAGUUCAAACCUACCUCAUCUUUAAUUUUUUAUAGAUGAAUGUACUUACCCUUUUUAUCUGCAGGGAGUGAGCCUGUGAUGUUAUAGACUUUCUUAUCUACCUCAUUAUCUUUGUGUUCUUUACCUCCACAGUAUACAGUUACCCUCUUUUUCCCUGGAUGGGGCAUCAUGCACAAGUAUGUUUUCUGUGCACAUUUAGGUGGUUUGUGUAGUAAGUUCCGUAGAUUCUGCCAGAAGGGCAAUGCGCUCAUUGUUAAAAAGAAGAAAAAAAAGUAGCUUUAGAUUCUUUUAACUUCGUGUUCUGAUGAUACUGUGGGGGGGGGGUGGGCGGGGUUGAGGGAGGGUGAAGGGUUGUGUUUUUAGAUGCUGCUGCAGCAGAGAACUCUUUCCUUGUUCUCCUUAUUUUAUACCUCAGUGCGUUUGACUUACUGUUCAGCAUAGAGUCUCAUUUCUAGAAGAGGUCGAUCUCUUGUUUGGAGAAGUGGGAUUCAGCAGGAAAAGCUUAGGGUCGUCUUUAUUAUGCGUGCGUGUUUUGUUAUUUUGCAUGAUUUUUUUAAAAAAUGCAGUAACUCCACAACACAAACAAAACUGAUAAGAAAAUGCACAAUUGUUUUAAUAUGCUAAUCUUCUUAUUUGGUGGUUUGGACCCCUAAAUAUAAAGGGUCAUGUGGUAAGUGUUGCUCCUGAGCGAGGGCUCUUGAGGUCCCCCCCCCUUUUUGGAAAGCAGCCCUCUUCCUUUGUGGUAGACAAACUGCUCCCAAAACCUGAGAAGUGACCUCUGAGGCAGUGUGUGGGAAGCUGCUGCUGCUGCUGUGCAGGCUGUGAAGGUGGGAGCCCAGAAGGACUCUGGCAUACCAAAUCAAGCCCCGACUCGCAUUAGAAGGGGCUCUGUGGAUUACAGCACUGCUGUUGUUGAUUGUCAAAGCUGAAUUCUUGUUUUAGAGCUUCUUUUUUCCCCCACUGCCCUUUUGUGUUUUUCAAAGAUUCCCCCUUUCCUCCUCCCGUGCCCCGUGUGUAUGUCUAGCAAAAAGGGCUAACUGUUGUAUUUGCAGUGCAUGUUGAGAGGCAAUGAGUCGAACAGUUGAGCUUAACGUUCCAUUUCUUCUGAAGAAUUAAAUUGUUUUUGAGGCUUGAGUUAAAGAAUUAACUUGUUUUAUAAAAUGUAGCUUUAUCAAGAGAAGUGUGUCGUUCAGAGACGAGUAACAGGAAGCACAAAUUUGGAAGUCCAGGGUGUAUUUCACAAGUCCCAGAUGAAGGAAAAUUGAUUGUAUUGACUCAUCUAAUUGAGUUGACUUCCUGCUUCUAAGAGUCUUUCUCUUUUCUCUCCCCUUCCUCUUUGAAUGGAAUAUCUGUGUAGGACUUUCAUCUUUCCAGGGCACCCUUGUGGCUUUCUCUUGGUGGGCUGGAGAUUACUGGUGGAAAGAAAGCCACCAAAAUUCUACCUCAUUGGCUGUAGCACCAAAGAAUGUCAUGUAAAAUAGGGGUGUUUCUUGAAACCAAAACAAGUGUCUUUUUAUUAGCCACAGCAUUUAGCACUGAAAAAGUCAAGGGUUCUUAUAUUUCUGCAAAAAGCUCCACAUUUCAGGUUUUUAAUACCAAAUUACAGGAAUGUGAUUCCUUUCAUGUUGAGUCUUUGAUCUCUCUGAUAGGCAUCCUACCAUCUUGCUUUCCUCUGUGCUUGUUUGGAAAUAAGUCCCAUUGAUCUCUGUAGGAAAUUACUCCUAAGCAAGUGCAUGGUGAAUUGCAACUGCGGUACUGGGGUCCAACACAAGGCUACUUUUGGGAACUGACAUUUGUGAUCUUGAUAUUUCCAGUGCAGCAAUCAACUUUCGUCCCUUGUGUUUUCUUCUGUUUCCGUUGUAUUAAAUAGAUGUUUUGGAGCUUUCAUGUGAAGUCUGAAAUGCCCUCUAGUUUUGUUCAGAACUGGUAUAAUCAGGAUUUAUUCAAGUUGCACUUUUCACAUGUUCAUAGAUCAUUGAGUUCUGGCAUGUAAUAGGCCCAUAGCAAAUAGAGAGCUGAGAACUUGCAACCAUUCUUCCAACGCAUUUUGAGAAUGUAAGGAAGAGUAGACAGUUGAGUUUCUAAAUGUUCUUUAAGUGUUUCUGCCAUGCUUUAAAUUUACUUGAUGAAGACUAUUUUUUUUUGUCUAGCCAGUACCUUUUCACACGCACGUUUUCCAGGUUUCUGGUAGAAUCCGCAUGGCAGAAGUUAUUUUUCAAGUUAAAAAACCCUCAAACCUAGAUAGUUCACAUUAGACAACAUUUUGGUGUAGCCAGUAAGAACCCAAAGUGCACCUGAAAGCAGAGUCCUUGACUCAUUUCUUUUUUUCCUCUGCAUGGUUACUCAUUCUGGUAGGCUAGAUAUGGAUGAGCAUAUUUCAACACCAUGAAGUUGAUCAUGUGCAAAAUGGCUUCUAUGAUUAAAGAAAACUGGUGGGUCGUGCAGUAAGCAUUUUCUUGAUGAUGACGUGGCCACACCUAGAUACUCUCCAGUACAAAUAAUACAGUCUUUUAUAAGCUUGCCCCAUUUUGUUCAAAAGGGUGGGGUUUGUCCUAUGCCAGGUAUCACUCUGCUUGUUGAAAGUUAACUGCAUUUUUAUUGUUGGGUUUGGGAAAAGGGCUUGCAGACUCCAUCCCUUUUCUGUGUAGAGACAAGAGUAUUUCCACCUUCAUCCCUCAUGCAUAGUGUGAGAGCAUCGUAUAACACUGGAAGGCACCCUAGGCUCUACAGGUUGGAGCAUUUCACUUGUGACUUGGUAAGGAGAAAUAAGCUCUAGCUACCAAAGAUAAUUGGUUAAAAAGCUUUAAUUUAGAGUUGGCAGGCCCUCUUGUGUAUACAGUUAGGCACGGGCUUGGCUGCCUCUUCUGUUGAUGUCACCCUUGUUUUCUCAUGGGCUUGUCUUAAAACAAACUAUUUCUAGUAUAUUUUUGUUGAAUAAAAAUCCCCUUUGUGCUGUCCCCAUCCCUUCAAUGUAGUGGAAAACCACUGGCUAGUGGAAUUCUGUUGAGUUUCAUGAUUUUCUUCCUGUAUUUGCUAUACAAGCUUGGAGAAGCCAGAAAUCUCUGUUAUGUGUUGGAAAGGAAUGUAUUUUUCCCCCUUCCACAGCCAUACUGUUAAACUCUAGCUGCUGUUUCUUUGGCACAAAGGGAAAAAAAGCCUGAUAAGUAUUUUCAACUUUCAUACCGUAAAACUUUUAUUCUUAAAUGCUGCUGAUUGGCUAUCCAGAAUGAUUCCUGUACAGUCACUGCUGUAAGUGGUGCAAAGCACACUUGAUCCCACUUGAAGUUUUAACGUGGCUUUGGACUUGGGUUUAUGAAACUAUGAAUCUAAGCUGUGGAAUAAUACAGGGAAAAUGUAAUGCCAACACAAUAUGUCCCGUAGGGGCUUGGUUUUCAUUGGGUCUAGGACUGGCAGGAUUUGUCCAUCUGUUUGCAUCUUUACAGACUUAGAGGGUCAUUGCACACAAACAAAGCUACCAAAAAUGAUGCAAGCACAGGUCUGCAAAUGAGCCACUAAUGCGUGCUUGUUUUUCUUAAGCUGUCUGAUAUAGUCUUCUGAGCUAAUAAACCUGUGUUAAUAUGGGAAGACAGACAGUUGUGCACUAAAUACUUGCAAAGAAAUCUAAGCUGUGUUAUAAACUGUCCCCUUUUUUUGCUGUUCCAAACAUUCUACAUCAAAGUCACACUGUUGUUUUAGUUGUAUAAAUCCAGUCUUGUUGGUACCAAAUAGUCUGCUAACCAAAGUUGUUUCCAAUUUUUGUUUUUUUGCUGAGAGCCCAAAAGGAAGCUAAAUAGCAGCACCUUCAGGUUAUAAACUCACUACCCUGGAGUAUAACUUUUUGGGGAAACCUUCAAGGACAUAUUGUGGUGGGGACCUGAAAUAUCUGAUAAAUAAUAACUUGAAUUUAAUCAGAUCUGAGAACAGGGAAGGCACUUCCUUUGUGGCAUUCUGCCGGAAUUGCAUGAGAUUGGUGCAGUCUCUUUUAGUUAGAUGAGCCAAAUUAAUUUAUUGAAGAGAGGUCUCUGCUUGAUUUAGCCAUAUCUGAUUCCUUUUGAAGAUCAGAAGAUUUCCUGUGUUGAGUUCUGGUUUAAAUUAAAAAGUGCCAAAGCAUUUUGUGUUUUGUUUUUAAAGUGAGUGUAUCCAAAUAGUGCCAAAAGGUAAUAGGGUAUUUCUUUUUUUUAAAAAAAAGCUUAGACACACAGAUUUUGGAGCUGUGUUUAAAAGUGAAACACUGGUACUUGCGUCAGACAAACACUGUUUCUGAUCUUGAGUCCUUGGGAAACCAGCGGAACCCGGCUUGCUAUGGUACAGGAUGCUUGAACAAAGUAUAUGUAAAGUUCUACCUCACUUUGCAGAAGAAGCAAAACAUCUACCUCAAAUAUAGCAUUAAAGUCAUAGAAGAAGGUGGUUUUUCAACAUGAGGAGAAAAGGGAUUGACUAUAAGUAGCGUAAUAUGUUUAUUCCCCAGUAGAUACACAAAACAUUUGAAGAUAUUUAAACUUAAUGACUUUACAGGUGGCUGUUUUUCCCUAAAACUUUGGCUGGCCAUGCUAAAAGUGUAAAUAAGAGAAUUUUUGGAAAUCUCAGGCAAACUUACUGAUAAUCUUUCAUGAACUGACGUUCUCUGGGAAUAAUAUUUCCAUCUCUUUUUCAGUAUUAUGACAUAUUGGCUGACAUGGGGAACAUUUUUUUUAGUAAGUAGCUGCAGAGUUCUUACAAUUACAACUCUCUUUUCUUCCAGAGAAAAAUAACUGGUUUUUGUUCAUGUCUACUUAAAAGAGUUUUUUUUUAAUUGAGUGGGGUGGGUGGGAGGAUCCAAUAUGCCUGGGGCCAGAACUCUCCUUUACAAGUGAGACUUUGUGAAAGGAUACAAUAUUCUCCAACAUGUUUUUUAAGACUGAAGGAAUUUAGAAUGAGUUAUUUUCUGUUGGUUGUGGCACAAUUUGCAGUAUGAGAACGUUCAUUACGAAAGACUGCUUGUAUUGGGAGAUUUAUGGGACUUCCACCUACUGCUUUGUAUUAGCAGUGUAGCUAGAAAAGAAGCACACUAUUGUAUUUGGGGUGGGGGUGGAUCUUUAUUCCCCUACUAUUCCUCAGUCUUACUUUUCAAGUGAUGAGUUGGAGAAGAUAGGUACAAAGAACCCACUAAUGAUUAUCGCGUUGAGUUUGGCAGGUGUUGACAGUGGUGGAUGUAUCUUUCUCAUGUAUGUGUAUAUAUAUAAAAAGUGAUCUUACGGGUUAACAAGCCAAAGAUUGGCUGUCAUUGGUGGAUUUUUUUCCUCCAUCAUUGUGAAAACAGUACAUUGUUCUUCAGGAAGAUUUUUUUUUAAGCUUUGUGUACCUGUAUGGUCUUAGACCUCUUCCAUGAUUGUAUCGAUUUACAGACUCAGGUUGCCUUUUUAUUUUGUUUUUGAAGCUCCUGUGGUCACCAACGGCUACAUGGUAAGCUUUGGUAACUGAAUGUUAACUGUAUGUAGUAGCAUAGAUGGCUUCCUCUAAGCCGGCAAACCAGUAAAUUUCUUGGUAGCUUUCUAGAAUACUUUUCCAUCUAUGUAGUUUUCUUUCCCCGGGAGGGAUCUCGCUUCUAGCCCCCUCCCUUUAAGACUGAUUUUUUAAAACAAUAGCUAUUGUAAUGUGUGCUUAGUCACCUAGACUGUUUGAGGUGACUUUUCUUACUGUAAGUGAUAUUACUUGUGUUGUGCCUCACCUGUUGUACCUCUGCUUAGGGGGAAGUCUUUAUUUUUGAAAGUACCUGUAGUUCAACAUACCUUUUCUUUUUAAAAAAGCAUCCCCAGUAGUUUUUGUGCCUCAACACUAAGUGGAUGGUCUAAGACCAAAGGAAACAUUUCUAAAAAUCAGCUUGCGAAAAAAAUAAAACUCUGCAGACUUCCCCUCUUCCAAAAUCGGUUGUUAUAUUCAAAUUAUUUGAGCAAAAUGUGUUGUUGGUUUUUUAAAAAUACUUCUGCAUACCACUGAGAAGUGCUCAGGAUCUUGUAUGAAAGGGCUUCUUUUGAACUCGUGUUUUAACAGUGCUCUAAUGCUGCACUCAGCUUUCUUGUGUGUGGCAGCCAUUAGGAAGCAGCAGAGAAGUCUUGCAAGAAAAGCAGUAUUCUGAUGUGUGCAGUUGUCCAAGAACAAAAUUCCCCUCUUCAAUUGGAAGCCUCUUAACCUUUUUUUUAAAAAAAGCUGUUGUUCUGAACUGUUUAGUUGUUACAGAUGGCAGAGUAAAGCAGGACAGGUGAGGCACAAAGCUUCGUUUAAACAGCCUAAAAAUGUUAGUUUUGUGUGUUCAAUGGAGGCUUCUGAAUGUAUCUCUGUGGUCCAUGGAGAAGGCUGAAGGAGGUGGCAAGGAGACGAUGUAUCAGCUACUGGCAGCCUUAAAACAAAGUCAUGGUCUCUCUGGACUUUAAAAUGUUUCUAUGCAGUUUAUUUUUUAUUUUUGUUUAAUCAAAUAAAUGUGAGUUUCACUUC